AUGUACACGGUCAGAAUGGUGCAAUACUUCCUGGAUGCCGCAUGUGGAGACUUUGACCAGAAGCGAUACAAUUUUCUGUAUUUGCCGCGUCGUGGACACUCUCAUGCCGGCCUUGCCAUAGUCAACUUCAUCGACUCGCACAGCUGUGCGGUGUGCAAAUCCCGCCUUCGCGUGCUGCAAAGCGCGAUGAGUUGCAUCAAAUCUGUUGGCUUCUCCUACAUCCAGGGCUUUGUGCCGAACCUGGCAUACUAUGCAGCGCUUGUGAGCGAAGAUGCCCGUGAUGCCAGCCACGUGCUUGUGCUGGAGAACGGACAGCCUGCGGACAUCAACAGGAUGAUCCGGCUGUAUGUCACCCCGGCAAUGAUGCAGUGGGCGAUGCGGCGGCUUGCAUGUGUUCUUCCAUGUGUGGUUUCUUUCUCUGGAUCAGCCUUCUUUUGCCAAGUCCCAAACCUAACAAACGCCGUAGCUGAACCAAAGCAUCUGAGGCAGGCUGAGGCGGGUGGGGUUCAGAGCAGGGCGCUUCGAGAGGGCUUGCAGGUUGCCCAGCAUGUGGAAUAUGUUGGUUAUGAGGGUUUGCGGGUCAAGGUGAUGAUUCGGUGA